AUGUUCAUUGCACGAUCUGAAUAUGACCGUGGAAUCAACACCUUCUCCCCAGAAGGUCGUCUGUUCCAGGUCGAAUACUCCCUCGAAGCCAUCAAGCUCGGUUCCACAGCAAUUGGUGUCGCAACAUCUGAAGGUGUCAUCCUCGGUGUCGAGAAGCGCGUGACGUCCACUCUGCUCGAGGCCUCGUCUGUAGAGAAAAUUGUCGAAAUUGACCAGCACAUUGGCUGCGCCAUGUCUGGUCUGCAGGCCGAUGCCCGCAACCUGGUGGAGCACGCCCGUGUCGAGUGCCAGAACCACGCCUUCCACUAUGCCGAGCCUCUGCGCGUUGAGAGUACCACACAGGCCAUUUGCGACCUGGCCCUUCGUUUCGGAGAGAGCGGUGAUGAUGAGGAGAGUGUCAUGAGCAGACCGUUCGGUGUUGCUUUGUUAAUUGCUGGUUACGAUGAGGACGGGCCUCAGCUAUAUCAUGCCGAGCCUUCGGGGACAUUCUACCGGUAUGACGCCAAGGCCAUCGGGUCCGGAAGCGAGGGUGCGCAGGCAGAGCUGCAAAAUGAAUACCACCGCUCGUUGACGCUCGCCGAGGCCGAAACACUCGUUCUGAAGACUCUGAAGCAGGUCAUGGAGGAAAAACUCGACUCCAAGAACGUUCAGUUGGCCAGCGUGACCAAGGACAAGGGCUUCCGUAUCUACGAUGACGAGGAGAUGGGUCGGGCUGUUGCGCAGCUUGGUGGGAAUCAAUAA